GCCGGGUAUAAAGGAGUGCCAUGAUGCUGCCGUGCCAUAGUGUGGACAGUCCUCAGCCAGAAGAACAAGUGUCACUGCCUUAAAGUUGUCUUUGCUUUGAGUCUUUUAUAGAUCCGAAAAAAAAAAAAAAAUGAACUCGAGAACGAGAAUGGCAGAGAAACUCACUCUGUUGUUGAUGGUUGUCGGAGGAACUUGGUCUCACGGACGCCUGAUGGAGCCUCCGUCGAGGGCUUCCGCGUGGAGGCUUGGCUUUGAAACCCCGAUCGACUACAACGACAACGAAGGUUUUUGCGGCGGGUUCAGCCACCAAUAUUACGUGAACGAAGGGAAAUGCGGAAUCUGCGGCGACGCCUGGGAGCUGUCGCCUCGACCGCACGAACUGGGGGGACCCUACGCCACGGGGACCAUCGUCAGGCGCUACCAGGAGGGGGAGGUCAUCGAGGUCACGGCUGACAUCACCAGCAACCAUCGCGGGCACUUCGAGGUCAGGAUAUGCCCCGCCCCUGACCCGGAGGCCACGCAGGACUGCCUUGACCUUCACCAGCUGGAACUCGCCGACGGCUCUGGCCUCAAGUACAACAUCUCCACCGACGUCGGCCUGCACACCAUGUUCGUCAGGCUACCGAGCGGCCUCACCUGCGCGCACUGUGUCCUGCAGUGGCGUUACGUGACGGGCAACAACUGGGGCAUUUGCGAGGACGGGACGGGCAUGCUGGGGUGCGGACCGCAGGAGGAAUUCCGCGCAUGCGCAGACGUCACUGUUUCUCCGGCAAGCACGAGGACGCGCUGGUCAUCCUUCAAAGGGUAUCGUCUCUCGCCCUCCGAGGACCUGGCACUCGAGCGGAGGAUCCACCCCAGGUUCCAGCUUCCGGAAGGAUCGAGUGCCAACAGGAUCGAGUGCCACGGCGUGGGGGAGUGGGAGGACGUGCCCGGGGUGGCGGUGUGGUGUGCCAAGAACUGCCUUGGCACGAAUUACUGCCCCCCUGCCCAGUGCCGGUGUCAGUGAUGUCACGAAAUUAAGAGUUUGGAUGAUUAGCAUUCACCUACGCACGUACACACACACACACACAAACA